UUUCAGAUCCGUAGCCGGUUCAAGGUUGGUGUCUCGUUGAAAGUGGAGAGAGAGAGAGAGAUAGAGAGAGAAUUAUUUUAGGGCAACAAAAUCAGUUUCCUUGGGGCGCCAUCUUCCUCAGCAAAAUCAUUUACAGAUCUCUGUGUCGAUUGCUUCUCAAUAGUUGGGCUGAUCGUUUUUUGGUCUUCCUAGCUGGCGAUUUUUGGUGAUGCUGCUGCUGUUUUUCAGAAAUGGAGUUCAGUUAUAGAGGAAUCAGAUGAAGUGGAUGAGUGCACGUACCAGGGACGAACUAAUGCUUCUUUGGAUGAAUUCGGGAUUUUGGAUGUGGAAAUAGUGAAAUUGAAGAAAGUUCAAGUUGCGUGUAUAGACAGUCGGCGUAUUACUGUCGGACCUUUUUGACUCGUGUUGUAGAAACCUUAGUAGAACUUCGCUUGUAGAUCGGAGCUGAGGAAGUGCGAUCUCAAGAUUUGCUUGAUAUGGAGACGCUUGUUGUUAUCGCUCGCAACCAGGCAUGCAGAAGAAGCAAGGCACAUAUCUCUGAUGGGUUCGAAAUUUCUCCUUCAAGUGGAUUCAAAGGGAUCAACUGCCGGACCUUCCAGUCCGGUUGCGGAAUUCUUCCUUCUCCUGCACCGAUUUUACCUUCUUAUAGCAAUGCCCUGGAGCUCAAAAGCUCGGGAAUCCGAUCAGAAACCCCAAAACCAACCGGGAAAAGCAACCCUAUUACAAUUAGCCCUAACUCAUCCCUAAAAUUUUCCGUCUUCUGUGAUGAAAUCUCUUGCUCUGAGCUCUGGGCUGGUCCUACAUACUCGAACUCCCCACCUCCGAGUUCACUUCCCAUCCCUAAGUUCUCUCUCCGCCCGAAAAGAAGUGUUUCACUUGACCUUCCUGAUCUGGGCUCUGACACUGAGCUUAAGCCGGUGGCUAAGUCUGCUCCGGCUUCGCCUGGAAGGGAUUCCCCCCUAUCCCAUGCUAAUGAUUUCUUUUAUUGUACUGCUUCUGCGACACAAAAUCUACGACGGAUUCUCAAUCUAGAUCUUGGGAACUGAGGUCUUGAGGAUUUGGGUUUCUUUAGUUUUGCAAGGCGCUGGUGCGGUUGUAGUUUUUUCGAUAACUUGUAUGUACAAAUUGUGAAUAACUUGUUGGGUGGUGUGGCUUCUUACCUAUCGGGAUAGUCCUGUCGAAACAACUUUAAAAGGUUAUUUAAAGUAGCAGUGAGGUUGAUGUCUAGCUCAAUGCUUAAUCAUAAAUUAGGCUGUGGCUCUGUCUGGUAAUGGGUGUUUCUCUGCCUGCUGAGAUUUCUACCCUUUAAGUUUCUCUAUCCUUGGCUUAAAUCACUUGUUUUUCAAUUUUAUUAUAAAUUCCUAGUAGUUUGAUAUGAGUCUAUGCCACAUGAUCCCUGUACAUGUCUUUGUCUCAGUAGAACAAGUAGGAUUCUUUGCAUAUCAGGAGUAAAAGUCGAGUCUUUAGUUUAUCAUCUAGGUUGCUUUCCUUGGUUAUGUAUCAUUCCUCUUCCCUUGUUCUUCUCUGCUUGUUUCUCUUUCUUUCUCACCUCAGUCUUUUUGCCUUCCUAAGGCUUCCCGUAUCCCUGGCCACUUUUUCUGGUUUUUUGUAAAGGAAAAGUUGGGAGGGUGAAAGAAUGACUACACUUCUAUUUUCUAUGUUUUUUUUUUCUUCUUGCAUAUAGGCCAUAGCUGCUGUUCUUUUGCUUGUGUCCUUUUUUUCCCAACUCCACAGAAUUCUAGCUUCAUCAUUCACCUUAGAACUUUCAGUUCCAUGUUCGUCUUCAUCUUCUGCUAUUUUGUAGCAGAAGCUUCCUCUUCUAUUUCUAAGUUUCAGAGUCCCCCUGUUCGUAGUUCUGUGGUUCCAAGUAUUAUCUUCAUGGAGUUCGGCUUAAAAAACUCUUCAUAUCAAGAUCUCUACCGAAGAAUGCAAUGUGGUGCUGGUUCUUCCAUAAGACGGAUCUAAGUAUUUCAGGCGGUAAUGUAAUCCGUUGUCAUUUUACCCUUCAUGAAUAACUGCUAUCUGUUGCUCCUUGUAUUUUACAAGGAAGUUGAUGAGUUUAUCUGUAAAAUUGCUAUCCUCGGAUGCAAUUAGAUUUGAAUUUUAGUUUAUGUUUUCAUCUAUGUUGUAUGCUUCAUUGUUAACUGAGAUACUAUUCAGUUUGACUUUCACUCUAAGUGCUACCUUUUUUAAGUUGAUCAUAUACGACUGAUUUACAGCAUUGAUCUUA